CGUAAUCCCGCUGCUUUAUUAUAGCCUAUUCUGGAUGCGCAAACGUGAGAGGUUUUUCCUUAAAGUGUCCAUUAUAAUGGGAAGUUGGAAGAAUCACGUGCGCCAAGGGCUGCAGCAUAGAGACCGCAGAGAAAAGCUCCCGUUUGUUGGCGUUUUCACAAGCUUGUCUCAGCUGGAGGAACGCUUUGAACUUCGCGAAGAGAUUUUGGCUGAUGUUCAGUCUCAGAGUUUAGAAAGACAUGGAGUUGAGGUUGGGGGAAACGCCACACUGCUUCGACUCCAGCUGAGAGAGAGUGAGCACCUGGUAGAUAAGUUAUCUCAAACUGUCUCCGACCUUACCACCGUCCUCCAUCUCAAAGAAGCUGAACUACAGUACUGGCAAUCACGUGUGUCUCAGUUCCAUCAAGAGGCACUUACUCUGGCUAAAGGGAGUAACACCCUGAAGGAAGUCCUUUCAGAAUAUGAGUUUACCAUAGAGUGUCAAUCCAAAGAGUUAGCAACCCUGCGUGUGGAUCAGCAAUGCCUAAAGGAAGCUCUUGCAGAUGCACUAAGAGAGAAAGAACGGCUAUUGCAGCGAUGGAUGGAGGAGAAAAUAGAGGAAGCGGACAGGUUGAAUAAUUACAACGUCACUCAGGCAAGGUGGCAACAUUUGACCAAACAUCUGAAGAAGCACCUCCAGAAAGGUGUGGGGAAAGAGCAUGAGCCCACGCUGACCAACUCUUCAAGUGAUGCAGCACAGUCUACAUCAGCCAGUCAGAGGAUCAAUAUUCCAACAGAUAUGCACAGUGGACUCCCAGACCAGUGUCAUAUCUCAGGUCCACCACAGCCCUAAUUUUCCCUUCAGAUCCCGGAGAGAACUUUUUUUUUUCUUCUCCCCAGUGCUUAUAGAUGAAAUGAUGACAUAAAUAAUGAAAAUGUAGUUUGUUUUUCUUUGCAAAUGUUAGGACAAAUUGCUCACAUGGAUCUAUUUUAUUUUUAUUAUUUAUCUAAAAAAUAUAUUUAAAGAUCCACUAUACUAUGCAAAUUUGUUUGUGACGUAUAGUUAGAGUGUCUAAUUUUACAUCACAAGUCACCCUGAAGUUUAGCUGAUCACAUGUGGACAUCGUCUCCAUGGACAACGCUUCAAACCCUUAUGUUUCUACAAUUCUUUUUCUUUUAAUCAAUUAACCUUUGAAACAACUUCAUCUGGUUUUCAGUUGUUUUUUUUGUUUUUUUUUAACAUUUUAAUUGCUGUUCAACAAAUUAAACAUUUAAUAAUUUUGAAAAAUCAAGCUCAGUGUUAGUUUACUGUACACUCUUGUAUGUAAUUGUGUGUUACUGUCUUCUUUAUCACCUGUAAAAGAAA